GCGGCCGCCCGCCGGCCUCCCGCCAGCCUGUCCCGACCCGCGGUUCGACCGCGGAGCGGCGCCCGAGCCAGGCUCUCGGCAGGAAACAAUGAAGGGAGACACCAGACAACUCAACAGAGAGGAGGACGCCAGCGGGAGGGACGACUCCAUCAUCACUAAUGGGGGCUGCAGCGACCAGUCUUCUGACUCCAAGGAUGCGCCCUCACCCCCCAUCCUGGAGGCUAUCAGCACCCCGGAGAUCAGAGGCCGCAGAUCAAGCUCACGACUGUCCAAGAGGGAGGUCUCCAGUCUGCUCAGUUACACUCAGGACCUGACGGGUGAUGGAGAUGGCGACGGGGAGGACGGGGGUGGCUCUGACACCCCGGUGAUGCCAAAACUCUUCCGUGAGACCCGGACUCGGUCCGAAAGCCCAGCUGUCCGAACCCGAAAUAACAACAACGCCUCCAGCCGGGAGAGGCACAGACCCUCCCCACGCUCCACUCGAGGCCGGCAGGGCCGCGGCCGCGUGGACGAGUCCCCCGUGGAGUUCUCAGCUACCAGGUCCCUGAGGCGGCGGACAGUAUCCUUGGCAGGCACACCAUGGCCGUCUCCCGCCAGCCCCUACCUCACCAUCGACCUCACAGAUGAUGAUGUGGUGCCCCAGAGCAGCAGUACCCCCUAUGCCCGCCUGGUCCAGGACAGCCAGCAGGAGAGCUUGGAAUCGCCGCAGGUGGAUGCAGAGGGGACAGAUCCCGACAGCACUGAGUAUCAGGAUGGGAAGGAGUUUGGAAUAGGGGACCUUGUGUGGGGGAAGAUCAAGGGCUUCUCCUGGUGGCCUGCUAUGGUGGUGUCAUGGAAAGCCACCUCUAAGCGACAGGCCAUGACUGGCAUGCGGUGGGUCCAGUGGUUUGGUGACGGCAAGUUCUCCGAGGUGUCUGCAGAUAAGCUAGUGGCCCUGGGGCUGUUCAGCCAACACUUUAACCUGGCGACCUUCAAUAAGCUGGUGUCUUACAGGAAGGCCAUGUACCAUGCACUGGAGAAAGCCAGGGUGCGGGCUGGCAAAACCUUCCCCAGCAAUCCUGGAGACUCCCUGGAGGAGCAGCUGAAGCCAAUGUUGGAAUGGGCCCACGGGGGCUUUAAGCCCACUGGGGUCGAGGGCCUCAGACCCAACAACAAGCAACCAGAGAACAAGACCCGCAGACGCACAGCUGAUGACUCAGCCACCUUGGACUACUGCCCCCCACCCAAGCGCCUAAAGACAAACUGCUAUAACAACGGGAAAGACCGAGGAGAGGAGGACCAGAGUCGAGAACAAAUGGCCUUGGAUGUCAGCAACAACAAGGGCAGCCUGGAAGAUAACUGUCUGUCCUGUGGGAGGAAGAACCCUGUGUCCUUUCACCCUCUCUUUGAGGGUGGGCUCUGCCAGACAUGCCGGGACCGCUUCCUCGAGCUGUUCUACAUGUAUGAUGAUGAUGGCUACCAGUCCUACUGCACCGUGUGCUGUGAGGGCCGCGAGCUGCUUCUCUGUAGCAACACGAGCUGCUGCCGGUGCUUCUGUGUGGAGUGCCUGGAGGUGCUGGUGGGCACGGGCACGGCAGCCGACGCCAAGCUGCAGGAGCCCUGGAGCUGCUACAUGUGCCUCCCACAGCGCUGUCAUGGCGUCCUGCGGCGCCGGAAGGACUGGAACGUGCGCCUGCAGGCCUUCUUCACCAGCGACACGGGGCUCGAAUACGAAGCCCCCAAGUUAUACCCUGCGAUUCCCGCAGCCCGAAGGCGGCCCAUUCGAGUCUUAUCCCUGUUUGAUGGAAUUGCAACAGGGUACUUAGUCCUCAAAGAACUGGGCAUCAAAGUAGAGAAGUAUGUCGCCUCUGAAGUGUGUGAAGAAUCCAUCGCAGUGGGGACUGUCAAGCAUGAGGGCAACAUCAAAUAUGUGAAUGACGUCAGGAACAUCACAAAGAGAAAUAUUGAAGAAUGGGGCCCCUUUGACUUGGUGAUUGGCGGAAGCCCAUGCAAUGAUCUUUCAAAUGUGAACCCAGCCAGGAAAGGCUUGUAUGAGGGUACAGGCCGGCUUUUCUUUGAGUUCUACCAUCUACUGAAUUAUACACGCCCCAAGGAGGGUGACGACCGACCCUUCUUCUGGAUGUUUGAGAAUGUGGUAGCCAUGAAGGUUGGUGACAAGAGGGACAUCUCUCGGUUCCUGGAGUGUAACCCAGUGAUGAUUGAUGCCAUCAAAGUGUCUGCUGCUCACAGGGCCCGCUACUUCUGGGGCAACCUGCCUGGAAUGAACAGGCCCGUGAUAGCAUCAAAGAAUGAUAAACUCGAGCUGCAGGACUGCUUGGAGUUCAAUAGGACAGCAAAGUUAAAGAAAGUACAGACAAUAACCACCAAGUCGAACUCGAUCAGACAGGGGAAAAACCAACUUUUCCCUGUUGUCAUGAAUGGCAAAGAAGAUGUUUUGUGGUGCACUGAGCUAGAAAGGAUCUUCGGCUUUCCUGUACACUACACGGAUGUGUCCAACAUGGGCCGUGGUGCCCGCCAGAAGCUGCUUGGGAGGUCCUGGAGCGUGCCCGUCAUCCGACACCUCUUCGCCCCCCUGAAGGACUACUUUGCCUGUGAAUAGCCCCCUGGCACCCUGGGCCCAGGAGCACUGGGGCAUGUGGGGCAGAGCAGGACCCAGAAGGUACAGCCCCAGCUCUGCCCUUCCUCUGCUCAGCGUUGUGGGGUCGCGCCGCCUAGCCUCGGCAGGAGCAGAGCCACGUGACCCCCUCCUGGCAGGGAAAGCCUGAGGGGCCGCCUCCUUGUGCACAAUUCAGACCUGGCUGCUAGGAGUGGCCAAACACGGUGCUCAUUUUGUCUUCUAAAAUUUUUAAAACUUGAA